AUGAAUUCUAGCAGUAUAUUGAAGCAGCAGUGGCAAAGUCUCAGAAGCCCUCUGCUAUCAUAUGUUCGUAAAUCUCCAGUUUCAGUACGAUGCAGGACCAACGUCACUUCUCCAUUCUCAAUUCAUUUGCGUCCACACUUACCACCACACUGGAGCCCCAAGCUUCCACUCAAAUGUGCACCUCUCACCUCCUCGGAUUCUCUGGGACCCGACCAGUUUCCCGUUCACUCCGGCGACCUGACCCAGACGCUGAAGCAAAAUUGGGUGUCUUUUCUGGAGAUUCUAAAGCAAUCAAAUUCACUUCUGCCUUAUGUAGCCCUUACUAGUACACUCAUAGCUCUAGUCAUCCCGCAAUCUUUUACAUGGUUUACCACCAGACACUAUGCUCCUGCACUGGGGUUUUUGAUGUUUGCAGUUGGGGUUAAUUCAAAGGAAAAGGACUUCCUUGACGCAUUUAAAAGGCCAACAGAACUUCUCACAGCUUACGCUUGCCAGUUUAUUUUGAAGCCUCUUCUUGGAUAUCUGCUAUGCAUAAUUUCAGUGAAUGUAUUUGGUCUACCAACAGCUAUAGGUGCAGGAAUUGUAUUACUUUCUUGUGUAAGUGGAGCCCAGCUCUCAAGUUAUGCAACUUUUCUAUCAGACCCAGAAAUGGCACCAUUGAGCAUAGUUAUGACAUCAUUGUCAACUGUUUCGGCGGUUUUUGUCACGCCGCUCUUAUUAUUGUUGAUCAUUGGGAAGAGACUGCCUAUAGAUGUAAAAGGAAUGGUGUUUAGUAUUACACAGAUUGUGUUGGUACCUAUUACUGGUGGUCUGCUUCUGAAUCGCUUCUUUCCCCAUAUUUGUAAUUCUAUUCGGCCAUUUUUGCCUCCACUGUCAGUAUUGGUGGCGGCUCUCUCUGCUGGAGCGCCAAUUGCUCAUAACAUUGAGUCUGUUAAAUCCCCAUUUGGAGUUGCUAUCUUUUUGCUCGCUGUUGCUUUUCAUUUGACAUCUUUUAUAAUUGGUUAUAUCAUAAGUGGAUUUACCUUCCGUGAUUCUCCUGAUGCGAAGCCACUGCAGCGAACAAUUUCGUUUGAGAUGGGAAUGCAAAGUAGCCUCCUUGCCCUGGCUCUUGCUAAUAAGUUCUUCGAAGAUCCAGUUGUCGGUAUCCCUUCUGCAAUUUCUUCGCCGCUUAUGUCUUUGAUGGGAUUCUCCCUUGUUCUGAUUUGGUCCAAAGGAAGAAAGAGCAAGACAAAACACAGCACCUGAAAAAUAUGGAUACAGGGUUAUAUACCGUCUAUCAGUCCAUCUUAGCGAUUUUCUGUACUGCAGAGUGAUAUCACAUAUUUUGGAGGAAACCUUUCAUUCAUGGAUGAGAGAGAAUAAGCUAAAAAUUAAAUUGCUUAUGUAAAAGAAUAAGGAUAGUUUCACAUGCCAUCUAGAUAUGAGACAUGUGUAUAUAAAAUAAAUAAAUAAUUAAGUUUUAAUAGAAGGGUGCCUUAGAAUAUUCAUGCUUUACAA